AUGCUCCUGAGGUCUGAUAUAGCGCCUAACUAUAUCUUUAAAAUAUAAAAACAAGUAGCUAAAAUUUAUCACAAAACUCUAUGCAUCCUUUUAACUCUUGAUCCUAUGAAAGAAGAACAAAUAUACUUGUAAAAUUGUUUACAAGUUAAACUAAUAUCCAAUUAUAGCUUUCCCUUUCAAAUCCAUCCUAAAGUGCUUAUAAUACUGUAUGUCUGAUAAUUAAUUUAGUCUGUCUAAGAGUAUCAGGUUUAAAAAUCAGAAACAUAGAAGCUGCAUAUAAAGGUGCAUUAAUCACAAGCACCCUCUUUGAGUAUGCAUAAAUGCCUAGGACAACUAUCAAUCAAUGGUUAUAACAAAUGA